AGGAACUAGUGGAUGAGUUGUAUCAUUUUCGGGAUCAUUACUUUGAGACUCACAGUGUGGAGGAUGCAGAGAGGAAACCGAGUGAUGUGGCACAGGAGAUGGAGAAGACACUAAAGAAGCUGGAGGAGAAAGAAGGUGAGAAAACAGAACAGAAAAGAAAGGCAUGUUCUGAUUUGGUAGCCACACAUGUAAAAAUAAUAUACUGACAUUUUGCAUGAUAGCUUUGUAUCCAUUUGGCGAUUUGGUGUAGCUACACAUCUUUUACCACACUAUUCAGCGCUCACAAAGCUUGCCUGACUAGAGAGGGAUCUCUUUAUGCAUUAUUGAAUCAUCAAUGACUUACAUAACUAAGGCUCAUGGUGUCCCUCCAUCUCUUCCAAUCCAGAGUCAUAUACGCACUGUUGUCGUCCACCAGCCUGCUGUCCCAUGCGGUAGCAAUUGAGCCUGGGGACGAGGUUAUAGUUUAUAAGCACAGUGCUGGCUGAGCUUAGCUUGGCAUCCAUUUGGUAUCUAAUAUGUGGGGUUACAUCUUUAAACACACAGCACAAGUCAGUUGACUAGAGCAGUGGUUCCCAAACUGUGGGGACUAAAAAGUAACUCAUUUUCUAAAUUGGGUAGUGCAUCAUCAGUUUUUCUGAUGUCAUGUCAGUCAUUGCAUACCCUACAGAGCUAUUUAUAACUUAUCAGAAAUGUCCAGAUCAACUAGCCCAUGUCAGAUAACGUUUUUCAGCUAGGUUUUUUAGCCCAUAGAUGUUAUUGUAAUAUUCAAGUCACUCAAAUAUCACAUGAAUACACAUUAGCCAGGGCAAAAUGUAUAGAGAGCUUUAAAACUGCAAAAUUUUCUCUACGCCAACAAGAGGGAUGUGAACAGUUUGUGUAAUGAACAGUGCUUGUGCCCAUAGAAAUAGAUGUGGCGCGCGCAGGAUGUUCUCCAAUGCUGGAAGGGGGGCCUGGGUGAAAAAGUUUGGGAACCCCUGGACUAGAGAAUCAUCUCUUUGUCAUCCCUUCGUCUCCUCCAGAGUCGUAUAAGCACAGUGCUGAGUUCCUGCUGCUGCGGGGCCGCUCCCUGGGGGUGGCUCCGGAGUUUAGCACCACCGCCGAGGAGUGCCUGUCCCGGGCCGUGAAGCUGGAGCCUGGACUGGUGGAGGGCUGGAACACACUGGGGGAGCAGUACUGGAAGAAAGGAGACCUGACCACCGCCAAGACCUGCUUCACCGGAGCCCUGCAGCAGGUUAGCAAUAAUAAUACAGUAAUCAUGUGUUUUAUUUGCAUAGCUGAGCUUUUAAUUUACAGACAGCGUAAGUCACAAAGCUCUUGAGGUUAACUGGAGAGAGUGAUGUCGGUGCUGGGGGACUGUUGUUGUGUUGAGAUCAAGGUAUGCAGUAGAAUCUUACUGAUGGAGAAUAGAAUGCAUGUAAAGCGUUCAGAACGGGUUGUAGCCCUAGUUAUAGGCCUACACAAACAACAGCUGUUUAUCUCAUCCUCAAGUCAUAACUCUACCUCCCAUUGUGUGCACCUUCCUCUUUCUUUCUUUCUACCUUUCUUUUGUUUACUCUGGUCUGUUUUAUUCUCUAUUCCUACAUCAUUGAAAUUGACCUACCCCCAAACCAAUAUCCAAUUAUUAUUAUUUUUAAUGAGUGGGGCAGUCCCACUCCUUUCGUAUAAAAAAAAAAAGCUUUAUUGAAGCGAUAGUACAGUGUUGUAAAUAUGGGGACGAUAGAGGGAGAGUGAGUCAAAGGGCAGUGGGCCGGAUUCGAACCCAUGCCGACUCUGGCAUACAUGGUUGCCGGGGUCAACAGCUGUAACCGUUAGACCAAACAGGCGAUAGUAUCCUAAUAUUAUCGCGAUCACAUCUCUUUUCUCCCUCUGUCCCAGAGUACGAACAAGGUGUCUCUGCGUAGUCUGUCCAUGGUGCUGAGGCAGCUGCCAGGAGGGGGCGGUGAUGAGCAGGGGAAGAGGGUGCUGGAGAGUGUGGACAUGGCCAGGCAGGCUGUCCAGCUGGACAUCACCGACGGCACCUCCUGGUGUCAGUAUGAUGGAUAGUUUCAUAUAACAGAUUCAUAUUUUACAGUGGUUAUGAGUUCAGAUAGUUAAAGUGUGGGGGACAUGGCUGGGGUUACUGGGGUGGAGUAUGCGUACAGUUACAUAUGUUGUGUGAAUGCACGAAAUACAAUUAUUAGAAUGUAAUUCAGGUUCUCAAAGGAGAGGAUAGAAGAACAGCUCUUAACAUAAAUGUUGGUAUGAGAAAAAUGUCCUCUAUUACUGAAUAUGAGUGGAUAGUUGAUGAUUUAUUGGGGUAUAUUGACAGACAUCCUGGGGAAUGCCUACAUCUCCCUGUUCUUCACCUGCAGACAGAAUCCACAGAUGUCUCAGCAGGCUCUGAGUGCCUAUGCACAGGCUGUGAGUACACACACAAACCAAACUCAGUUGUAUUUACAAAGCCUGACAGGAUAGUAUGAGUGGGUCAAUUUGAUUAUUGUGCAAUAAUCAUUGUUAAGCACUAUAUAAUUCCUUCCCUCUGUUCUCUCUCAGGAGAAAGUGGACCCAACAGCAACCUCCAACCCCGAUCUGCACUUCAAUAGAGCCACGGUAACACAUUAUCGUUGAUAUAUUCUAUUAGGAUUCUUAUAAUAUGCGUGUGGUAAAUGACUUAAAUAAUUCCAUUACACAGACAAAUGCAUAUAAAAGUAAACUGAAGCUAAUGAUCCAUGCCUGUGUCUACCCCCUCCAGCUGUUUCAGUAUGAGGAGAUGUUUGGGUCUGCGCUGGGGGGGUACAGUCGGGCUGCGGCCCUGGACCCUGUGUGGGAGGAGCCUCCAGAGCGGGAGAGGCAGCUGCUGGAAUACCUGGAGAAACUCACAGCACUCACAGAGAACAAGGUAGGAACAGGAGAACCCCCCCCCCCACACACACACACACACACACACAUAUUCAUAUAGAUAAACUGGACAGGGCACAUCAGUCUCCAAUCUACAUCUAUCAGCAGUUAAUGUGAUCUGUAUAGGAUAUAAACUUAAUAAAAACAUACAAACACAUUUCUUGCCAACUCAAGCACUAAUGCAAAAAUGUAUCAGGUAGAAUUAUAAACCACCAGUAGGUGGCAGCAGAGUCCUAUGCUUUUCCACUGAUAACAGUGGACUACUCUUUUUCUUUCACCCAUACAGGGGAAGGUGAAGGCCCGGCGGCUGCGGACGAUGCUCUCCAACCUCAGCACGUUGGCCUUGGGGCCAUGCUCCUCCCCUCAGUUCCGCUCCCCCGCAGGCCGCGUUGGGAGCCUGGAGCCCUGGACCCUGUCUGCCCUGACACACGGCCACAACGCUGGGGUGGCUGCCCUGGGAAAGGUGGUGUUCAGCCUGGCCUCAGAGGGACGCGUGGCCUUGUGAGUUCCCCUUCCUCUAGUGAUAAACUACUAUCUGUAAUGUGGAGUCUGCUGUGUACUUUAUGUGUGUGGAUCUCUGUGUGUAAGAUGUACCUUUUUCUGCAUGUUUGGGAUGAUGGAAGUAAGUUGCUAUCUGCAUGCCCCUUUGUUUGAAGUUGUUUGAACUGAAGGGUUAUGAUACUGUAUGUUUUGCCUUGUUGGGGUACAUUUGCUAUGGUGGAUAGACAGUGAUAUCAUACUGUGUCUCUCUCUGUCUCCCAGUACGUUUGGCAUGGUGGACAGUGAGGAAACGUGCUGCGUGGUCAUGGUCUAUAACACAGCAGACAGCUGGGGAGUUCUGAUUGGAGACUCUGUGGUCAUCCCAGAGCCCCAGGUCAAACGCCACAGUGUAGCACACAACGGCCAGGUUAGUGUGUCUCUCUCUCUGCAGCUUACAUGGACCUUUACACACUUUUUACUUACAAUGAUUGUGAUGUAGUUGUUCCAUCUACUUUAGAUGAAUGCACUGCUUUUAGGAUUCUCUGGAUAUGAGUGUCUGCAAAAUGUGAUUGUGGGGACCCCCUUAUAAUCAGAACACAACUCGAGUGAGAUAGAAAAUAGCAUUGGCCUGACGGUCCAAGUCUCAGGCCCUGGGAAGGAACAUUUUAAAGGCCCAUCUCCUGGCUUUGGAGGGGAACUGUUGCAGUUUUCAAGCUAAUAUCCUGUAAUUCUACAUAUUUUGCCAUGAGACAGAGAGAAAACGUUGCAGUUUUCAAGCUUAAAUUACAGUGUUUUUAUAUUUUUUUUAGGGGGGGGGGGGGGGGGGGGGGAAUACAAAAAGUGUUGAGUUGAAAAAUGUAUAAUUCGUGGAGUACUGUGGAUACCAAUAUUUACAUUUUACAUUUUAGUCAUUUAGCAGACGCUCUUAUCCAGAGCGACUUACAGUUAGUGAGUGCAUACAUUUUUCAUACUGUGAACCUCCCAAGCCCGUGUUGCCCAGGUUUAAGAACAUAAAUUGGAGAUUAAUAAUAUUACAUUGUAUUGUAUUACAGAAUCUAAACUUAUUCCACGGAUCCCUUGGCCAAAAUGUUUAAACUGUUGUUUUUCAUCAUAUUCAUAGAAAAAAGAAAUGUAAAAUAAAAGAACUAUAUAUAUAUAUAUAUAUCAACCAACGCUAUUACAGAUCUUGGUGGUCUCUUCAUUUAUGAUUUUCUGAUCUAUAAUCUCUCCUCCCUCCUCUCCCCUGGCCCUGCUGUAGACGUUUGACUUCCGCAGUAUACGAGUGGACUCCCCUCUGCUCCUCAUCGUCAACGGCAAGAGACAGAACGUCCAGGCUCAGACUGCAGCCUCAGUCAGCUACAAGCCCCAGAGCGAAUGAGAGGAGGAGUGCAGGGGGGGUGAUAGAGGGAGGGGAUCAGAC